CCUCAGUGGAGGAAGGUCAGGACAACACAAGACGCUGAGGGAAGAGGCUGUACACUUCCUGCUCUCCUUCUUAUAAGUAUAUAUAGUAGACUUUCAAGACACUGUGGACAACUUUUGAUGUUAUUCCUCAGUACAGACAUUGAUUUCUCUGCCAAGAACAUUUAGUGUAUUGGACUGCAGUACAGGCGGAGGAAGACGGCAAAUUCUUGUUAUUUCACAAGGUUCAAUAAGGACAGUUGUCAGCUAAUAAAGGUAGAGAUGAACCUUGACCCAGGAAUCGUGUGCUACCAACACUGCAAUGGUCGGCUCUUCGGGUUCUCCCUCCCCCCGACCUGCUUCCUGUGUCAGGCGGACCUCAGUGUUGAACCUCUUAGCACCCCGCCCUUCAGAGUUCCUUACCCCUUCGUGCGAGCCAACCAGGCGCCCUGCACCAUUGUCAUCCAGCCCUCCAGGGGAGACUUCCUCCAUGACUACCGGAGCUCCAACGACCUGCACAUUGGGGUGACAGACAGCGAGGGGCGAGUAUUCGAGUACGACAGCGAGGGCCUCCACUCAGACUACACAUCUGCCUGGAACCAGGCUCUUUCCGUACCCAUUAUUACGGACUCUGCCAACCGCCUGGACCCAGUCUGGCAGGAGUACUGGGACUUUACCCUUCACACCCUUGCCCAGAACCCUUCUUGGUCCAUGGAGAGGUAUUCAGAGAGCUCCUUCAACUGUUAUUCAUUCGUAUUGGAGUUUCUUCAGACGUUGGGGCCACCGGGUGUAAAUGUGAAGACGUUGACGAAGACAUCCCUGUGUGCCCAGCUCAUUGUCCCUCACACGUCUGCUGCCGCUAGAUAUAUCUCUCUCUACAGACGACUCCUUGACGAGAAGACCGUCGCCGUUACCAAAUCAUCUUGAGGCCUUUUGCUGAAGCCUGAGGUGAACUAUAUCAUUUUUUAUGGAAGAUCUGCGAAAUAUAUUGAGUCAUCGUGUAUGUCAGCGUCUUCUGAGUAUGGUGAUUGAGUUAAUGUUAUAUUUGUCAACACGCAGACGAUGAGUCACAAUAACGGGGCUGAAAAUAUGAACCACACAUCAGGAAAAUGAAACAACAACAUUUCCGUCCGUCCUGGACCAUUAUCAUUGGUCCAGGACGGACCGAAACGUCGUCCUUUCUCCAUUUUCUGAUGAUGGUUUGGUCAUCAUUUGUCAACACGUUUCCCGAAGCACUGUGAAGGAUAUAUGAUGAUAAUGCUCAAGAUCGACCGGGGAGCCUAAACAAAAAGGUACAAUCCUUGCCGCAGCCAUCGCUCCCUAUGCACCUCUGCUCCUCCUGAAGUAUAAUAUUUUUCAAGAGCUUGUAAUAGUUAAGCCAUGUUGGCUAAAACAGACAACCUAUAAAAUAGAAAAAUGCAGCUCUCAAUAUUCAUUUGUAUUUCGAAACAAGUUUCCAAAAAGCAGUAUAAUAAUAAUAAUAUUUAGGCAAGAAAACAUAGAAUGACACAUGAACAUUGGAGGAUAAAAGUAUAUAAAUGCUCUUUUUUUUCCUUUAUAUAUAUGAUUUCUCUACAUUUCUUUAGUCACAACAGUUUCCAAUAUGUUUUUGUUUAUCCUGCAUUAUGUAAUAAAUUUGGUUUAGUUCAAAUAAUGUUUACUGAGAUGAAAUAAGAGAAUAGAGUAUUUCAAUAUGUUUAUUUCAUAUACACUACUUGAAAUGAUGAGAGAUAAGAUUAGCAGUGGUAACGUUAUGGAAAAUACAGUGUAUGACAUGUAAGAUUAAGAGUAGUGUAUAGUUGUGUGAUCGUGUGCAACAAGUUGAUAACGAGAGUGGUUACGACAACCUAAUCCAACCCACCCGAAACUAACCUACCCCACCCUAAUAAGAUUCAGUUUUGCCAAAAACAAAUUUCAGCUUUCAUUUCCAAAAUGACAGAAAAAUUAAUUUAUUGAUACAAGUGCAUAUAUAUGUGAUUCAAGAACAGGAAAAUACACAAGACAAGUACAGUACAAUGCAUAAUGUAACCCAUCCUCAAGUUUAAAUAGUUUUUCUAACUAUGUGGACCAUCGUACAUAUAUCGACGUAAUGAACAAUUAGAUAGUAGAAUUUAGCAACUAUCCACUAUAUAGCGUUCGGAAAAAAUAAGCCAAAACCAAUUUUAAAUGAGAAAAUCCACUGGGGCUGUGAGGCGACGCGAACCUUGGAAGUCAACUGGAGGCCCCUCCUGAAGUUAGUCCAAGUUUUACGUAAGAAAAAGCACUCGGGUGAAGGGUAAAGUAGUUCAACACAGUAUGCCCCAACAUUCAGAUACACAGAAAAUCACACUAACGAGAUAUACAUCAAUGAGAAAAUCGCCUCAGCAGUGCAGCAGUUGGUAAGAUAGCCUCUUAUCCAUUAAUACGCAA